UUUCACUGUGACUCAGUCCCACGAUCACCUGACAAGCGGGGGAUCCUGCAACACGGGCCACUCACAAGCCACCCGGCAGCUGCUGUCAGCUCCCCCACUACAGCCACAGUGCCGACUCGCAUCGCACACCGGCCGCCGGACUCGGUGGAGGAACUGCUCCGUUCAAAGCAAGCAAACAACAACUUUGUUGAAACUUGGCUCGGCCGUCCGUCAGCAAAGGGGCUCCGACCAGAACUCCGGCAGCUCCCAUUCCCGACAGAAGUCGAUGCCGGCUCCCGAUUAAACCGUCGUCUCCACCCUACCCCGAUUUAAUUCCUCGAGUUGCCGACCGCCAAUCCGACCCCGAACUACCGCAGCGCCAUCUCCUCCUCCCCCCACCAUGUCGGACCUCUCCUCCUCAGACAUAAUGAGCUCGUCCGCGACAUCCUCCUUUGUCCUGCCCGACGUCUCGCGGACCUCCUCUCCCGGGGCGGACGACGAUGUGGACUCGCUCUCCUCCCUCUCCACCAGCAUCCUCGACUCGGAGUCCGACUUGUCGGACGCCCAGCGGGAGUGGGAGACCAGCCUGGAACAGCUGCAGCUCCUGCUGACCAUGAUCGUCAUGCCUUUCGCGGGGAAGUUUCUUGGGCGGAAGUUUGCGUACUGGAGUUGGGCGAGGUACAUGGAAUGGAUGCACAACGUCGAGAUCCGGUGGACGAACAAAAAGGCCUUCAAUGCCGCCGGUGCCGCCGAGGCUGCGGCGUCAUUAUGACUAGGGGGAUUCACCGGUUGGGAAAAUUCAUGAGUACAUAUCGGUUAGAACCUGGCUUGUAGGGGCGGUACAUAUUGCCACGGCGUUACGGACCUGGGUAUGAUAUAUACAGUCGACUACCUUGACGGGAUAUACCAAUUCCACAAAAGCCCAUCUUCAGUCCUUAUC